AUGCAGUCAGCUUGGGGUCAUCAGACAACUGGCCGUUUAUGUGCGGGACACAAACUCCUCGCUGUGUUCCUGUUAGGAAUACUAGCACACACUCAACCCAGUGCCGCACAACGUUCCUGUUACAAAUGUGAGGGUAUCAAUUGCCUGCGCUCCUCAUAUGAGCUUGUGGAAACUUGUUCCAAUGGUGUGGACAUUUGUGUCACAGUCUACGAUGGAUCAACUAUUCAGGCACAAGGUUGUUUGCAAAAUCUUGCUGAACAUUUACGCAACAAAUGUAAAUCGGACAAUGUUGACAGCCUCCAGGAGUGCCACAAAUGUAAUGAAAAUCUGUGUAACAAAUGGGCGCCCAGUGGAUUUGAGUGUGUUCAAUGUGAUUCGAACACGGACCCUAAAUGCGCCAAUAAUUCCGAUGACUUGCUACCAACACCCUGUCCCAUAAGCCGUACAGCGAAUAUGUAUUGUUAUGCAGCUAAGGAUGGCAAUCGCGUUGUUCGUGGCUGUACGUCAUCAUUAAAGGAACAGAAAUCGUGUUUGGAAUCGGACAAAUGUGAAAUGUGCAAUCCAAGUCAAUUGGAUUCUUGCAACAGCGUUAAAGCGGAAGGUGGUAAUAAUCCUAAUCCCAAUCCCACUUCGAAUCCGAAUCCCACUUCAAAUCCUAAUCCCACUUCUAAGCCUACUCCGACCGCAAGACCACCUACACAGAAACCUGAACCGAGUGCCGGGUCGGUAAUUGAAUUUAGUAUAACUAAUUGCUGGAUACUUUUUGUUGCCUAUCUCUGUAAGUGGUUGUAA